AUGUGGUCAGCGUUCAAGGAGACGGCAUGUGGAUUCGCACGCCGUCAUAAGAAGCUCCUAGUCGUAACAGGUGUAAGUGCAGCAUGUGCAGGAGGUGCGUAUUAUGCGUACAAAAGAAUGCUGAAUGAAGCUGAGCGAUUAACAAAGCAGAUCCAGGAGCAAAUGGUCGAGCAUCAGCGUUUGCAAUUGGCUCUCAGCAGUACAACAGACGAAAGUCGCGCAACUGUACGACGUUUUCUACCGCGACUUAAGACGCAAUUGUAUCAUCUUUUGGAUCUUGAGAACGUGGUACAAGAGCUUAAAAGGCUUGACAAGACACAAAAGAAUGAACGGAAUGCGCUCUGGGAAGACGCCAAGUUACUGGCGUUUACGCGUUACUUCACAACGCUCGUGGCGUUUGGAUUGUGGCAUUUACUGGUAUUUGCCCAAGUUUCUAUCAUUGGAAAGAGAGUUUUUGACAAGAACACGCGACUAGUGAGGCUAGUAAAUCGUGAGCAAGAAAAAGAGACAGAGGAGCAAGCACACCACACGUUCCUGUCGUCAGGACUCGAGUAUUUUUUAGACAAGGGGUUGAGCAAACUGAAGACUCAUGUGGAGACUGUAGUGAGCAAAAAUACGCAAUUACAGACGUGGCAAGUCAGUUGCAAAGCAACGGUGAGAGCUGAUGAGCUCAAUGAAUUAUUGCAGACAUUGUUCUUGGCGGUAAUGCCGUCACUGACUGCAGUAGCAGCAGCGGAAAAGCACGAAGAAUCGACAGAAUUGAACAUGUGGAGAGAAUUUUUGAUCUAUCCAGACAAGCAAAAGGACCAGGACGAACAUGUGAUUUGUCUUCUCAACGACUUGUGGGAUCUACUGGAAAGUGAUCUCUUUAUGCCUGCACUGCAGCAUAGCUUGAGGUUUUUGUGUGGCAAUGCCUUCCAGGACCUUGAUGAUGUCGUUUAUGGACCGAGUAAACAGGAAUGUCGUGUUGUCGAGGAUAACGCUGCCGAGCUGCCUGAGAAGAAACCGGCGCCGCCUCUUGCGAAGCUCAUUCCGUGUCUGCAAGCAGAGACGAACAAGCUUUUGCUGCCUUCAGGCGGACCCAAUAGCUACGCUGCCAAGUAUUCGCAAGGCGUAGAGGAGAUGGAGGCGUUCCGGAACUUCUACGAGGCUAUUUUUUUCGAGCAGAGUACUCAAGACUCGUAUAUGAAACCGAACAUCAUUUAA